UCUCUAUCACAGUCCCACCUUCUGUGCGAGUGAGUUAUGGGCAAUCCACUUCGCUUUCUGUGAUACCCUUUUUCCUUGAACUCAUUCCCUGCGCCUCCAUCUUCUUCUUCUCUCUUCCGAAACCCCAAAGCUUCGAUCUUUAUUUUCUGGGCUGAUUCAAAAUCGAAUCUUUCUCCAUCUCAACCGAGAUUUUGGCUGCCAGAUCCGUUUUUCUUACUUUCGCCACGCUGAGAUGAAGUUUUGAAGAUCACGAUGAACGGCUGUGAUGACCUUCUUCCUCCCCCAGCUCUGGUAAGAACAAUCAUCACCAGUACAGGUUUUUCAAUCAAGAAAUGGUCGAGCCAUUAAUGUUGAUCCACGUUCGGUCGUUAAUUUGGUUGAGAAAAAGGAAAAAAAAGAAACCCUCUCCCAAUUGCUCUGAAAACUCAUCUCGAAUUGUCAAUCUUUGAUUGUGAGGUGUUUGAUAUUAGUCCUCAAUAUUUACUGUCUUAUCUGACUGUUGAAGUUUAGUUACUACUAAUCAUAUACGAAACUUUGAUAGAUUUUCUCACUUGGAUCCAAAGGGUUUUUUUUUUUUCCUUUCAUAGUUUUUGGUUCUGUUAGUGGUUUUUAAAGGUGGCGAAGAUGAGCUUAAGCAUGGCCGAGGACGAUUCGGCUUCUGAGAUUCAUAUCCCUGCCGAUAUAGAUUGGCAUAUGCUAGACAAGUCUAGAUUUUUCUUUCUUGGGGCUGCUCUAUUUUCUGGUGUUUCAGCAGCUUUAUAUCCAAUCGUGGUGUUAAAAACCAGGCAACAAAUCUCACCAACACCAAUCUCAUGCUUCAAGAUGUCGUUUGCCAUCAUGCGCCAUGAAGGCUUCAGAGGUUUCUACAGAGGUUUUGGUACUUCUUUGAUGGGAACGAUCCCAGCUAGAGCGCUUUACAUGACAGCUCUUGAAGUCACCAAGAGUAAUGUUGGGACAGUCACAGUUAGAUUAGGCUAUUCAGAUACAACAGCACUGGCUAUAGCUAAUGCUGCAGCUGGGUUGAGCUCGGCCAUGGCUGCUCAAUUGGUUUGGACCCCAAUUGAUGUUGUGAGCCAAAGACUAAUGGUCCAGACUUGCAGCAGCAGCAGCAGAAGCAGUGGAAAGAACUCUAUUCCUAGUGUGAGUACCUAUAACUACAACAAUGGUUUAGAUGCGUUUAGGAAAAUCAUGUACUCAGAUGGCUUUAGAGGAUUGUACAGAGGUUUUGGGAUAUCUAUACUGACAUAUGCACCAUCAAAUGCUGUUUGGUGGGCUUCAUACUCUGUGGCACACCGGCUCAUUUGGGGUGGUUUUGGUUGUUAUAUGGGAAAGAAAGAUGAGAAUGGUUUAGCUUUAGUCCAUGGCUGCAGUGGUAGUAGUGUUGGUGGUGGUGGUGGUUUUAGGCCUGACUCCCGAGCAACCCUGGCGGUGCAGGGUCUGAGUGCUGCCAUGGCUAGUGGGGUUUCUGCUCUGAUUACUAUGCCACUGGAUACGAUCAAAACAAGGCUGCAAGUGUUGGAUGGAGAGGAAAAUGGGCAAAGAAGGCCACUGACAAUUGUUCAAACAGUGAGAAAUUUGGUGAAGGAAGGUGGAUUUGGUGCUUGUUACAGAGGAUUGGGGCCAAGAUGGGCUUCCAUGGCUAUGUCAGCCACAACCAUGAUCACUACUUAUGAGUUUCUCAAACGACUAUCUACCAAGACUCUUGAUUGAUUUGAAAUCUUGAAAUAAUCAGCCAGAAGACAGACACUCCAGGAAGAGAUGCUUUUUUUUUUUUUUUUUUAUUAUUAUUAUUUUAUCUUAUUUUCCAUAUCUUCAAAAUUUGUUCUACUUUUGGUUGUAUUGGGCUGCCUUGGAUUAAUGUAAAUUCUUUGUUUUGUUGUUUGCUUU